UUUGAGCGUGGAUGAAAACAGUCUCACCUCCCUCGUGGCCGGCGGACUUUUAACCUGGUCGCCCAGUGCGCUGUCCGGUUCCCCCUCGGUCUUCCUGAUGAACUCCACGGAGGUGCUAGCUGGCGGUUAGCACUCGAGCUGGCCCCCUCCCAUCUCCAUCUCCCUCUCUCUCUCCCUCCCUCCCUCCCUCUCUCCCCCUCUCUCCCGUUUCCCCACCUCUUUUCUCUGUCUUUCUCUCCCAUCCUAACCAACAUGGCCGCUAAGUCGGACGGAGCAGCGGUGUCUGUGGAAGAUGACAACACGCCCAGGAGCCUCUCGGAGCCGGGGAACCCCGCCGGCCGGCCCCGCUGCACCUCUGCGGGCGGGAAGCCCUACACCCCGCUGGACUGCUGCUGGGUGCUCUGCGCGCUGCUCGUCUUCUUCUCGGACGGCGCGACCGACCUGUGGCUGGCCGCCGACUACUACCUGAGGGGCGACUACUGGUGGUUCGGCUUGACGCUCGUCUUCGUCGUGGUGCCCUCCGCCGUCGUCCAGGUGCUGAGUUUCAGGUGGUUCGUCUACGACUACUCGGAUCUGAGCUGCGGGGACGGAGCGGCGGGCGCGGCGGGCGCCGCGUGCGGCAACGCGCUCAGCACCAAGGACAGCGACCGGCGCGGCGCGAGCGCGAGCGCGAGCGCGGCGACGGGGAACGCGGCGAGCGCUGCGCCGGCUUUCGCGUCUUCUGUCCCGCCCGCCGCGGCCGGGAGAGUCGCCGCCCCCCGGAGGUGUUGCACCGUCUGCAUGUGGGUCUUUCAAACCGUGCUCCACGUCCUGCAGCUGGGACAAGUCUGGAGGUAUGUCCACGCCCUCUACCUGGGCGCCCAGAGCCGGUGGCACACCGACGGGCCCCGCCGCCACUUCCACUGGCGGCUGAUGUUCGAGAGCGCCGACAUCACCAUGCUCCGCCUGCUGGAGGCCUUCCUCAAGUCGGCGCCGCAGCUCGUCCUCCAGCUGAGCAUCAUGAUCCACGGAAACGGCGUCCUCCCUCUGCAAGGUCUCUCAGCCUCAGCCUCCCUUGUCUCUCUGGCCUGGAUGAUCGCCUCCUACCAGAAGGUUCUUCGGGACUCCCGUGAUGACAAGCUGCCCAUGUCCUACAAGGCCGUGAUCGCACAGAUGCUGUGGCACUUCUUCACCAUCGGGGCGAGGACCGUGGCCUUCGCCCUCUUCGCCUCCGUCUUCCAGCUCUACUUCGGCAUAUUCAUCGUCAGCCACUGGUGUGUCAUGACUUUCUGGAUCAUUCAAGGUGAGACUGACUUUUGCAUGUCCAAGUGGGAGGAGAUCAUCUACAACAUGGUGGUGGGCAUCAUCUACAUCUUCUGCUGGUUCAAUGUGAAGGAGGGCCCCAGUCGUUUCCGCAUGACCGUCUACUAUUCUGUGACGCUGGCUGAGAACGUCGCACUGACCGCUGCCUGGUACACCUACCGUGGCCCGCACACCUCCGACUCGUACGCCCUGGUUGUGGUGUGUCUGGUGGCCUGCAGCUUUGCCCUGGGAACCUUCUUCAUGUUGGUGUACUACUGCUGGCUGCACCCUGAUGGGCCCGUCCUGGGCUCACAUUGGGGAGGGUGUGUGGACGAGGGCAUGGUGGGUGCCGGAGGGGUGGCGGGAGUGAUUGAUGCUUGCCUCACCCCGUCACAAGGAUCCCAAACAGACAUGGUCAUUACAAGCCCUCCGAGGACUCUCCCCAGGACUAAAGACACAGGGGAGCCGGUUCCUGGAGAGAGAGACAGGGACAGGGACAAGGAGAAAGACAGGGACAGUUGCCUGCCUGUCUUCCAAGUACGGCCCUCCCCUUCCUCCUCUCCUGCACUACUCCACAGGACCUCCUCUUCAUCCCGUGCGCUGGAGGGCCCCGUGAUCCGGAUUGACCUCCCAAGAAAGCGAUACCCAGCCUGGGACGCGCACUUUAUUGAUCGGCGCCUCCGCAAGACCAUCUUGCUCCUGGAGACAACAUCAGCCGUCAGCCCCCGGAUACAGUACAGGAGUAGCAUGAUGGGCAGCAAAGAGGUACUAGAAUAUGAGACAACGGUCUGAGCCAAUAGGGCCUCUUCAACUUAAAAUGCAGUCUGGGACCAAGGCUUAGCCCGAGAUUAGUUCUCAUCCCAGGAAUACCUACGCCGGAAAACGCAUUGAAAGGAGACAAAGUGUCAGCAAACAGCUUUUGAGAAGACAGGUUGUCAGAACUUGAUUGUAAAAUGUGAAGCGCAAUCUGGGACCAAGGCUCUCCCCUUAGGACACAGUCCGGGAGUAGGUAGCUUGAAUGAGCUGUGGGAAGUAAAUGGCGUAACGCUGAACUGGGAUAAUCUUCACCUUUUGUAAAAAACUUGGCAGUGAGAAAUCACUCAUCUCGGGACCAAGGAGUGUUAGAUUCAGAUACAUCAUGCGCGUCAGCACAAGAGAUGUGGGAGCAAGGAAGUUGCAGAGUUUGAGAUAACUGAGAAAUGUUCUGCUGCAUUAACCUGAGCCUUGGAAACCAGAGACUUAAUAGAGACUUUCCAGUGAAUGUUUAGAGACUGGUUACCAGGGUUUGCAUGGGACAUGCAAUAAUUUUGGUUUGGCAGCAAAUGGGGACCGAUUAUUCAAUAAAUACUGCUCAAGUGAUUUGCAGGACGAAAGAUGCCAUAAGAUCUACCUUAAAUAAUAUUUUUUUGGGAUCUAGCUUACAUGCAGUAUAAUAGAGUAAAUAUGUUUCAACAGCACUUAAAUGACUAAGAAAGACAUAACUAGAGGAUGACUAAUUGUAAAACAAUUAGAUUUAGCCAAGUUUUAACAAGCUACAUACCUUUGACCUCCAAAUCACAAAUUCAUUGCGAACACACAAUGAUUUUGAAAAGUAUACGCAUAGAAAGGUAGGAAUUUAUUUGUGUCAUAAAGGGUGAGAGAUGAUAAUAUUCCCCCAUCAGACUUCCAAAAGAUGACAUGUCCCUGACAACCUUUGGUAUCCCAUCGUCUAGGCUUCAUCAGUGGUGUCGAAAAGGAAAUAGUCUUCUACUUUGGUCAACAGAGAACACGAGGAUCCAUCAAAUGUAGGCUAACAACUCAGUGUAGGUCCAACUAGAUACAAGUUACAACAGUCACCCAUCCAUAUGUUACAACAGCGGCCAUUACAGAAGUCCCACAGUUAACCUCCCAGCUACCUGAGAAAAGGACGUGUUUGGAAAAAAUCAGGACUGGAUGUAAGGUGGAUGACAACCAGAUAGCCUUCUGUCACUCACCACCUCAACAGGACUGUGAUGUAAAGUUGAAUAAAUACAGAUGUCAGAUAUAAGCUAUUAUAAUAAGCUGUAGUUAGGUGAUGAAUGGUGUUUGGUUGAGACGCUUCAUUUACUCCUAAGAGUCUAAAUUUUGUCUCGAGUCGUUUCCUUUUCUCGAAUACAUACAGGGGUGGAAAGGGUUUCAUGAGCAACCUCAUUUUGCUGUGAAAACAUUUUUCUGUGUUCUUUUUUUUUGGGGGGGGGGGGGGGGGGGUAAAGUGGUUGAAAAAAAAAUACUUUGUCACAUCAACAGAACUUUAAGAUUUCCAGAAGGGUUUGUUGGAGUAUUAAAACCAACAAAACACAUCGGGUACGAGAUUUACACAUGAAACCAAACAUGCUCAAUGAAAAUUAAUAACAAAAAGUCAAAGAUGCAAAGUAUCAUGGCAUAGUCAAAGACAAUUUAGCAAGUUAGUUAGUUACACAGCUGCUUUUUCUUGCUUCAGAAAAAUGUUGAUAAGGAUUGAAGGUGGCAUUGUUUACAAAAUGUAAACCAUGUACAGGCUUUUCAAAGUGUUUAUUUGUAGAUUCAGGUUUGGACUGAGGUCACUUGACUAACUAAAAGAAGAACAAUGUCAUGGUCAAAACUGACACUUAAUCUUCUCUGCUCCUUUGAACUGCUGUUGUGAUGCCCCGGAGCAAGAAGCUACAACUGGAAAACAUUCAGCGGAGCCAAGCAGUGACCAACUUCAGAGGUCGAAGUUUAAACGUGGCACUUCCCAGGUGUCGAUGAAUGUCAAUACCAAUUAGAAGCAGCCGGGUGCUGUGAAAGUCAAGUAUGGUCAGCAACAGUAUCUGAAGGGGGAAAAAAAUAAAACAACAGCACUAGCAUCAUAGCUAACUUCAAUCAUGUCACACAACAGAUUUCUCUUUGGGAGUCUCUCUUUGAAGUUCUUCUCAAAAAGAUUUUUUUGUUUUAUGAAAAGCCAUUAGAGGGAUGUCUGUGCAUUAAAGGUGAUCUUAUUUUUUCAUGAGGUGGGAGGUCUGUAAGUCCGUCCCAGAAACUCUUAAACCAAUGUUGUGAUUGUUUCGGAUGAAGAUAAAGUUAGCAUUAAUAGCAAUGCACAAAAAAACCCAUUACAUUCACUAUGUGACCUUGACGCAUCUCUAAAAGCAUGUUAAUCAAAGCACGUUUGAAGAUGCAUUUCAGAUCCUGUGCAGUGAGAAAGACUUUUGCAGGUCAUGAAAUAGUUUAGCUGCUUCGUUAAACUCAGUAGCUGUGAUGGGUAGAUUGUAGUUUUACAACCCAACCAUCCUUUAGAAGAAGAUGCCGAUGUUCAGGGGGUCACCAGUUCAAGGUUGACUUGCAAAAGCACAAAAAAACUACAAAAAAAACAAUAUGGCACAGUAAAACAUUCAUGAACCUGUUAUCUCCACCCAAACUGACAAGAAGAAGAAAAUUUAACGCAAGCUGGGGGCCAACACAGGCGUGUUCAUUGUUGCUGUAUCCAGGACAGGUUGUUAUAAUAAUCACCUGUAUGCCGAUGAUGCAUGUAUAUAUUCUUAAAUGUUGAAGGGACUCCCAGGGGUAAAACUUACUUCUAGUCUUGUGUACUUUAGGUCGAUGUGUAGAGCAAUCACUCAGAGCAGUUUAUAUACUUACUUUACAACAGCAUUGUUGCCAUAUUUAGGAUAAAAAGUAGGCUAAAGAGCACAGACCAGGGCCCAGUUAUACUUGACAGUUCUUUGGAACUUAUUUUUUUGUAUCAGUGAAAAUUUUGGUCAGACUGUGGUGCUAGAGGAAAGCGUAAGGGAUCAUUGACAUCAUUGGGAACCAUUUUCUCGGGGGGCAUUUGUUUGCAGACAUGUUCAAUUUGUUUUUUUCUCAGAAACCUUCUGCUGUUGCCAUCAUCCAAGAUGAGACUGCUGCUGACCUCACAUCACUUCCCACACUUUCUCAUGUGUCCAUUCGCAUCUCGCGGAUGUGCCGCGUCAUUUUCUGAGAAUGUGAACAAUCAGCACUCUGAGGGAUCGCAGGAUACACUGAGUGGCCAUCACAUGCGUUGGUAAAGCAAGUAUAUAAGCGCUCUCACCAUAACAAGGUCUGUGGUUGUAUGUGUGUCUCCUCUACCGGGUAAAAAAUCAGGAACACAAAUUUUAAAAAAAAAAAUGCUAUUGGUAAUGAUGCAGUUUUAUCAUCUGAAUAGAGUUGUGUCCGACCUGAACUUGUGGAUGUUGGUGCACUGGUGAAAGUCAUGCCGAUGUCAAUGGUGCUGAAAACAAUGACUCUUGGUCAAACGUGAUCAUGUUAAACAUGACGGGCCUGAAGGCUAAUGUACAGCUGAUGCAUAUGUUAACCUCACAAACGCGGACCGGGGGCGAGUCCUUUGUUGUUGAGGUCGAAUAACAGUUCAAAGUGGUGCACAGGUUAAAUAUUGACUUGAACAAAAUCAUGUUAAAAAAAAGGAAACGGUGAGUUUAAACUCAAAUCAUCUUUUAUUAAUUGAUGCAAGUAUUUAUGUUUAUUUAUUUUUGUAUUUGUUUUAUAUCUAUUUAUCUAUUGUUUACUCACCCAGUGGCCAUGUCUUUGGUAUGACUCUUAUAUUAAGAUGUAAAAACUGAAAACAGAUUUUUUUUUUUGUACUCAUUCUAUAUAUCUGUAUAUACCAGAGUGGCGCUAUACUAGGACGUGCGUGUAUGAGUAUGUGUGCUUUGGUUUGUAUUUAAUGUAUGUACAGUAUGUAUGUAUAUAAGGAUGUGCUCUAAGUUUCUUUUUUGAUAAUGCUGCUUAAACAUCCUUCUGAGUGAACGAGCAGAAAAAUAAACCAACGGUGAAAAUAUCUAUGAUGAUGUAAAAAAAAAGAAAAAAAACUUAACAAGCUGUGCUGAUAACUGUAGAUGGGAACAAUACUGUAGUAAACAUGGUUGAACAGCC